GGUGGUGUGAGUAAAUAUGUUCCUUGUGGUGGCUUAAAACAUCAUCAUUGUUUGUUGUCUUUGUUAAAAAAUAAAAAAAAAAACAAUUUUUAUGGAUUUUGAAGGCGAAAAUGUUAUUGAUUAAUUUUAUUUAAUUUUAACAACUAUGUACAACUACAAGAUAAGAUAUUGUUACGAAUAACGCCCAUGGUCGAAUGUCCACUGAACCUGAAAAUGUUAUUAUAAUCAAACAUGCAAUUAUAGCUUUGUAAAGCCGUUCAGGUCUAAUUUACAAUUUACCAUGUUUACUAAACCUUUUAAAGUACAAUUCCAAGAUCAGCAAUUGGAUGACUAUGUUCUUGAGAACUCAGUCCUCAAAAGUAAACUGCAAAGUAAAAUUGAUGCUCUGUGUAUCAUGAGUAAGGAACUAGACAAAUGCAGUAUGGAGCGAGACAGAUUUAAAAUACUAGUAGAACAGUUGAAAUGCAAGAGAAUUGUACAAGAAUAUACAAAUAGCUGGGAUCGGUUUGCACCAACCAAUACUAUAAGUGGUAGUGAAAUAUUAGCAAAGACUAAGGAACAAAAUAAUAUGCUGAAAUUAGAGGUAGAAACACUGAGAAGUAAAUUAGAAGAGGCCGAGGAUGAUAUACUAGCAUUGAGAAAGCAACUGCAGAAGGGGCAAAAUUAUGAGGAAUUUAAUGAAAACAAAAAAUCAUGUCAAACAUCAAGAAAUGAUUAUGAACAACUUAUACAAGAAUUAGAAAAAGUAAAGAAAAAGUAUCAACAAAUUCAACUAGACUACAGGGCUACAAUAGAUGACAAGGAAGAGUUGGUAUCUGAUCGUGACUACUAUAAAAACAAGGUUCAACGUUUAAACCAUCAAAUAAGCUUUAUACUGACAAACAGAACAAAGUCACAGACAGAGAAUGAUACGCCAAAACCCAUUGUCGAUAUUGAUGCAGUUUUGACAGAAAAUAAAUAUCUACACGAGAGAAUUACACAACUACAAGUCGAAAAAGAAAUUGUGAAGAGAACUCUGACUAAAUACAAGUUUUUAUUGGACAAGAGGAGCAAAAAUGAAACAUGGAAUUUAAAAAAAGGUUAUUCAGAUGUCAUGACACAAAAGCAAGUACGUGAGUAUUUGGAUGUUAACUCGAAGACGGGAUUAAAAAGAAAUUCUGCAGCUGAAUUGAAAUCUCUAUGCUUGGGAUUGUUUGAAGCUUUGAAUGAUAAAUCUAUAGCGCUUCAACACCAAAGAAGAACCAAUCAAAUACUGGCAAAUAGAAUAACGGAAUUAGAAAAAACACUAGAGAGUUGGUGCAAUGGUGAGAAGUGUGUACCAUCUUUUCCCUCACAAAUGUUAAUAGAGGAACUCCUCGAAUCCAGUUCUGUGAAGUCUGGUGAAUUCAAAGACAAACCAGAGAGGGAACCUCUAGAGAAUUUGACAAAUAAAAUAACUUCUGACAGCGAGGAAGAAAUUUCAAAAAGCAAAGAUGAUUUGUCUGUGGAUUUGGACUACGAUAAUGGCAGUGAUAAUGGAAGCCUGAAGAAAAUCGUACUUCCACUAGAGCUGGAACAGUUGGUCAAAGAGGCUCUUGCUGAAAUAAAAUCGGUUCAAUAAUAGUAAUUCACUUGUUUCUGGUAUAGUUUGUCUGCAGGCUAAUUCACUAACUUUGACGUAUGCUAGUUGAAAUUUUCGAAAUUGAGAUGCUAUGUGACAAAUAUCAUCCGGUGCUUACCGGUCGAUGUAAUACUGUAGGUAGAUGACAUUUCUCAAUUGAUUUGAUGUUUAUUGUAAUAGGUGGAUGAUAAAGACCAAAAUAGUGAAUAGGCCAGCAGAACAAAUUUACUAUAAAAUUGGCCUGAAUCACUUAGGCUGUGCAAAACCAACCCAACAUUCCAUUUAUAAUGUAUUAUUUUACAUAGAGAUAGGAAAAAUAUAUCUACUUAAAUAUCAUAUCUAAUAAAUAAUUACCUCAAAAUCAAGUGCUUGUAAAAUUUCAUCUUAUUUUAGAGUAUUUUAUUAAUAAGUGUUUUAGUUAGAACUCGCUGACUACGAGAACUAGUUAAUUUUUAAUUAUUUAUCAUUAUAUUGUAAUAUACCAAAGAGUAAAACCUAUCUAGUCUGACAUAUUGUUAUUUUUAAAGAUGCAUUUAUUAUAAAAUCAUAAUUAUCAUUCGAUGGUCAUUUAUCUCAAUGAUAUAAAUAAAAAAUAUAAUAUUCA